AUGGAGGGUGCCCCUGGCUGCUCUGGGCUCUGCAGCUUCGCUUCCCUGCUGCUCCUCUUCCAGCUGCCCACGUGGGGGGCCACAGAGACGUUCCGGGUGUCUGGCCCCACGGAGCCCAUUGUGGCAGCGGUGGGCGGGGACACCACGCUGCCCUGCGUCUUGUCCCCAGCCCUGAAUGCGGAGAACAUGGAGCUGCGGUGGUUUCGGUCCGCCUUCUCGGAAGCAGUGCUCGUCUAUCGGAACCAGCGGACGGAGCAGGAAGAGCUGAUGCCGCCUUACAGAGGACGGACCUCGCUGGUGACGGACUUCCUCACUCAGGGGGUGGCUGUGGUGCGCCUCCACAAGGUGCGGGUUUCUGAUGACGGCCUGUACUGCUUCUUCAAGAAGGGAGACUUCCAUGAGGCGGCCACUCUGGCAGUGAAGGUGACAGGUGUGGGCUCCGCCCCUCAGGUGCGCAUCCACGGGCCGGAGGAAGGUGGGGUCCGCGUGGUGUGCACGGCCUCCGGGUGGUUUCCAAAGCCCCAGGUGCAGUGGAGAGACCCCAGUGAAGGGAAGCGUUUGGCUUUCUCUGAGACCCACGUGCAAGAUGCUGACGGGCUGUUCAGCGUGGAGGCCUCGCUGGUGCUGAGAGACAGCUCUGUGCAGAACGUGACCUGCUCCCUCCGCAACCCCGUCUUAGACCAGGAGAAGGUGAAGGCCAUUUUCAUCCCAGAAAGGAGGAAGACGGUUUACCAGGCUGCCUGGAGUAAGGCCCAGCUGUAUGCAGAUUGGCGGAAGGAGCAGUUCCCGGCCUGCUCUGUCACGUUGGAUCUGCGUUCUGCUCAUCCCAACCUUGUGUUCUCUCAGGAAAACACAAGCAUCACUCUGAAGGCCCUCGGUGAUGAAGUCAGCAAUGAGAGAUGCAGUGUGUUAGGCCUUCAGGGCAUCACAUCAGGGCGCUGUCACUGGGAGGUGGAGGUCAGGGACGGAGACAGAAGUGAUUGGGCCAUGGGGGUCUGCAGGGAACAUGCAGACAGGGAAGGCUGGUUCAGAGAGUGCCCAGAAAGGGGGUUCUGGGCUGUGGGACAUUUUUCAGAAGAAUUUUGUGUCUGUACCAUCCCUCUGACACUGCUAACUCUUAGAGAGGUUCCCCGCAGGCUGGGGGUUUUCUUGGACUACGAUGGUGGGGAUGUCUCCUUCUACAACAUGACUGAUGGCUCCCACGUUUUCUCCUUCUCCCAGGCUCCCUUCUCUGGGACCCUCUUCCCAUAUUUCAUUAUUAAUUCAGGACCCGUGUCCCUCACCGUCUGCUCCACGGGACGUGGGCCCCAGGGUCUUUCUAACAAAUCUCCCCCCUUGGGUGGGCAGCUGAGUCCUCCGGGGGAGGGGCUGGGCUGUGGCUCUGAGGGUGAUGGCGUUCUCCCAGGCCCGGAGUCUCCAUUACUCUCCCGGGCCCCCCAGGCUGUCUCCUCGUAG